CAUUCGUACCCGCGGCACUUGGACAAAGUGUAUCAUACAUUCUCCGAAAUCCCCACACUUCCCGCUCAGUUUUCGGUCGACUGUAAUCAGCCCGCCUAUCUAGUGAAUGGGGGUGCAACGAGCGUGCGAUCAGUGUAAUUUCAGGCGUGUCAAGUGUAGCCAUGAAGACCCUUGUCAGCACUGUAGACGACAUGAUAUACAGUGUACCUAUAUCAAAGCUUCACGAGGACGAGAGGUUUCAGGACGUCGUAUAUCAUCACUCAAGCGACAACAUAGUCAAGCAUUUAACGGUGAAGGUGAUCAAAAAGAGCCUGCUGCCGAUCUUUCUCCAUCGCCACCUGUAUCUAUGAGCUCUUUCCUAAGUCAUACAGAAAGUUCAGUACCUCAUCGGGCGAGUGGACGCAAAAAAAGUGCUGCUGUAAUAGAUUUUCCCGAUGUCAAGUUGCACCCUACAUCUGGGCAGCCAACCUUUCAAUUUUCGAACGGGAAGCAGGGUCUUCGUGGAGAGUUCAGUCAGCAGUCCGUGAACCAAAGGAACGUCCAGCCAAUAAGGACAGUACCUUUGUCUAAUCCAGCAUUUAUUCCUACCUCUUAUCUAGCAAACUUUAUGGAAUCUUCCUACUCAAAAAUUGCUACUGAUUCAGCCGAAACAAGUCGCUACUCCGAAACCGAUAUCCCUCUGUCAGAGAACCUUUUAAAUCAUAUAUCCUACAACGAUAAGGCAACAUUCCCAGAUUUCGAAUCGUUCAUUGACCUUUCGGUACAGUCCAUAAUGCCCUCCUCAGCAAGAACUGCUCAAAUGAACGACUGGGGAUCGAUACAUCUAGAAAAAGGCAAUGGCGUAAGUGACGGAAGCACAAGCGAAGAAGAAUCCUCUUCUCUACAGAGUGACGAAACACCACCACUUUCCGAUUCUUCUUUAAUACCACUUCUCGCGCUUUAUUUUGAUCGCAUGCAUCCGAUCAUACCGAUAUUCAAGCGGAGUUGGUUAUUCAGUCGAUUAGAUAAAUCUCACCAUAUGACAGACGUCCAGUUUGGUGCUUUGCUUAUUGCAAUGUCAGCGGCGGCACUUCUACAGCCAGUUCAGAUAGGCAAUCGUUGUUGUGUUAAAAAGUCGAAUACCAAGCGCGCUCUGUAUUUACUGGAGGAAUCGCAUCGAAUGCAUAGCAGCUCCAAACUUGGCAACAAUGCAUCCAUCGAUGCUAUCAUGACUAGCUUCUAUAUGUUUGUAAUUCUCUCCAGUACUGGGAACGAUGACGCAGCAUGGCUUCGUCUCAGUGAAUCUGUCUCUCUUGGACACAUAAUGAAGCUUCAUGACUCAGCUGCCUACGAAAAUGUUGAUGAAGACGAGCGAGAACGGCGACUAAGAGUAUACUGGUUAUUGACAAUAACAGAAAGAGCCUAUGCCCUUCAAAGAGGUCACUCUAUUGGGUUUCGUGGUCGGCCCGGCGCAUCCAUGACUGCUAUCAAACGUAAAUUUAAUAUUGGUCAGAUGGACGACUUUCCUCAUAGCCAGCUAAGACUAUUCGACAUUGUGGACGAAGACUUUGUGGAUUGCUGGAACGGGAGAUGUGCCGGAACAAAGUGCCACAAUAGGGAUAUGAAUAAAGCUAUUGCUUUAUACAACGCAUUCACAAACGACACCGUCAGCAAAGCACUUGAAACCAAAGUUCUAGAAAACAAGAGCCUUUCCUCACCUAACAACGAGAGAAAUGCUGGCCAUGAUAAUCGCUAUCCUUCAACUUCGCAAUGGCAACCAUUGGAAAUACAAUUGACUGAUGUCCUGGUGACAAGGCAAUGGCUACUUAAUAGACUAUGGUACAUAUGUUUAUCUCAUGGACUCAUUGAUCCAAAAGCGGCACAUAUCGCUUUACGCCCGGAUUUUCCAAUACAUAUCGCCAGAGAUAUGCUAAACACAUGCUCUAAAUUGUCGAUCUAUAGCUUGGAGGCACAUGGACUUGGGUUAUGCGAAAAGUUGUAUGACAUCGCUAGAACACUUGUUACUGUAUUUCAUUUGUUCCCUGAGUGUAUCACCAAUGUGGACAUUGAAGGAACAUCUAACACAAGGAGUCAUGAAAGUGAUCGAAGUCAAAACGAUCUUAUUGAAAGAGAACAGCAACAAGGAUCCCCAAAGACACAAAUGCAAUUACCUCAUCUCCUAGCUGCACAAAGUGAUACGACUAGUAUUCACAACAUCAUCGCUAGCGUUGAGUCAGGCCAAGCACAACAUUCUGAGGCGUCGUUAUCACCUAAACAACCCAUUACAGAAAAGCAUAUACCAUCUGUGUCCUCAGCAUUAACGUCUCCACACCUAAAACCGUCGCAACUGCAAAGAUCGGCAUCAAAUAUCAUCGAUAUAACUAACGCAUACGUCUCAUUAUUUAUGAGGCUAAGGAGUGGAAGCCAUCCCUUUUUACAAAAGCUGCUGGACUCAGUCCAAUGCCUCAAUAAUGCCAGGGAUGGUGUUACUAGUUGUUCAUGAUAAUAAACGCGCUGAAAUGGUGAAAUAACCGUAACAAGAUCGGUUACUGGUGGUGACAAUACAGGCACAAACCCAAUUUAAGCAUUCAUGAUAAUUUGGUUGAAAGUCCAAGUAGGACACAAAAUUGAAUACAGAAGAAGAAAGCAAAAGAGGAAAAAAGAGAGGCAAAAAAUGAUUCAGGAAGAGAUGUAGAGGGUAGCAACCAAUUACGUAGCAGUUGGUGGCGACGUGUCGAAGGGAAAGGAAAAAUUCAAUACCAAAAAGUUACGUGGUUCACGUAAAAUUGCAAAUGAUUAGCGAAAGCAGUGCUUGUAAUAUGUGUGCUUUUGUAAAUAACGAAGAUGUUAUAAAAACAUCUGUAAACGA